GGCGUCAAUGUUUUCAUUCGGUUGGCGUGCAAGUACGCAUUCGUCCGCCACUCAAAACAAACACAUUUAUUUAUACUCUUGUUUUGUAUGUGCGUGGUGCUAUGUGGGGUUCAGUGCAUAUGCUUCGUGUAAUGUCUAGUAUAAUAUCGUGUCUCCGGCUUAUCGUGCGCAGUUAAUUUCUAUAAUCGUCGGGAGGGAGAGAUGAUUUCCCCUACUGCAUUGGUAAAAAGGGUGGGGGUGGGCGGUCGUCUCGUCCCAUUCUUCAAAUGUGUCUGCGUGUAUUUCCUGGCCAUGGGCGCGGGUGGGAGCGAUCCAUCCUUGAUCGGCGUGGCAACAAAAUGCGCUCCGAUACUUUGCCUGCUACUCGUCGUGGUUCUACACCAUGGAUCCUUGCCUUAUGAGAAAGGUUGGUACGCGCGACGGAUCGCGGCCGGUCUGGCUCUAUCAGCCCUGGGCGAUGCCUUCCUGGUUUGGCCGCAGCACUUCAUCGCGGGCAUGGCGGCCUUUGCGGCUGCCCACAUAUCCUACAUAUCAGCUUUCCGGUUCACCCCGCUCGCGAAGCCAUUAGCACCUAUCGUCUACUCGGGUUGCGGGUACUACAUGACCUUGAUAACUCCGCCUGAUGGAUUGAAGGUGUUGGUACCGGUGUACGGAAUGUUAUUGAGUACAAUGGCAUGGAGGGGCCUGGCCAGGGGUCGGGCGGCGGCUGUCGGUGCUGUACUGUUCCUGAUAUCUGAUGCUAUACUAGGGUACAGCCUAUUUGGAGGACCGGUUCCUUACAAACAAGUACUGGUGAUGUCGACGUACUACCUGGGACAGCUUGGGAUAGCACUGAGCGCACUGGAUGCGCGGACCACGACGGAUCAAACAAGUUAAUUUUUUUCGAAAACUGCUCUUCUGUAGAUUAUGAGGAAUGGUUUAUUGACUAGUUAAGACCCCAAGUGAGAAAGAACGCGCCAAGUAUCAAGAUUAUUAAAUCGGACUGUCUUCCUUCAGAACGAGUGCGAGGAAGAGUUAUAUCUGAAGUUCAAUUAAUAAUUGGAAAUGUUUUAAUACGCUUUUAUUAGCUUCAGACGUAUAUGUGUUAGUAUGUAACGGAAUCUUUGAACAUGAUUUUGAUCCCUUUCAAAACGUUGGAUUAACUCGAAAUUUGCUAUACUUAUUAAGGACCGGUGAUAAUUCAAUAUUUUUAAAAAAUAUUGAAAAAUAAAUAAAUUGAAAUUCAACUAAAAAAAUGAAAAAUAAAUAAUUUUUUACAAUAAAAUCAUUUUUUCUUACACUAUUUUUAAUUCAAAUUUAUUUUCUAUUUUUAGUUGAAUUUUCUAUAAAAGCGUAUUUUGUUAGUUUUUUUUAACUAUUAUUGAAAUUAUUAAUCUGUAUAUUUGCAUUACUGGUUCAUAGUGAUUUAGACCGUAUUGCGUGCCGGCAGUGUCAAUUCAAGAAUACAUAUUUCUUUACCACUCCUUGUUAGUAGACGAGUUCUUCUGUUCUAUUAUAAAUAAUUUAUCCCAAUAAGUGAGAAGCUAUUGGAUGCGUCCUAAUAUUCCGCUUAAAGGCUUCAACAAUUCGGUACGCUUAGCCGAAUUUAUUCCUGUCUUAUUUUCAUAGGUUGAUUUUGUGUGACAUUAAAAAUCAAGUUACAGCAAUUUUCGCCAUCAAUACGUUCAAAGUGUGUCCUUCAUUGGGCGAUCUGUCAACAUUACGAUUGUGAAUGAUCUGUAGUUUUCACGUUACUCUACUUUCUACUACUUUCACGUUAAAAUUACAAAAAAUAGUAAUUUUUUGUUAUAUUUUUCUCAAAAAUUAAUCGGAAUCCACGAUACUACGCAAUCUUGAUAAGUUCCAUGUGUUUCAUAUAUGGUAGUGAUGUCAAAGGUGUUAUUUCAAAACAUCGAUCUAUUACCAUCACCAUCACCACCAUCGCGGUAAUAGAUCGAUGUUUCAAAAUUAAUUUUAAAUAUAUUUAAUGUAACUCUAUAUCGAGGAGUAAAAGGUUAUUGGUUUAAGCGACAUUUAUCUGUGUAAUUAAAGGUCCGUUUCAUUUGGUAUUAGCAUCAACAACUUUAAACUUUUAAAUGAACUUCAACUAUAUGUUUACCCCAUUUAAAUAGCUGAAGCAGUUUUUUUGUUACGAUAUUUUUUUCAAAUUUAAACAUUAAACCUUACAUAACCUUUUGGCCCUCGAUUUUCUAUCUGAAGACGAUAGUUAUUGUUCGAACUACCAUGAAUGAAACUAUAGGCGUGAGGCGCGCCCAACUCACUCCUUCAUAAUAUGGAGGAUGUAAUUCCAUUAAGAAAAAAAAACACAAAAAAUAACUUAAAAUUCUGUGUUAGUCAAAAAAAAACAUAAUAUUUAAAACUUAUUAUUUAAAUAGUACAUUAUAAUGAACUUUGUAAAUUGCAAAUAUUUAUAAUGAAAAAUGCAUAUUUAAAUAUUCGAAAUAACAUAUCAAGUAACAUAAGGUAGGUACGCGGACCUGAACUUUGAGUAAUUUCUAUGUCGGAUUAUUGCGAGAAUCUCAGAUUAUUCCUAAAAACUUCAUUUCGGUGUGUCCAUCAGGUGCAAUAGAUUUAUUGUCGAAAAGAUCGGUGUAGCUGAUUAUCGACUUAAUUAAAAAAAAUCAAACUCUGAUUUUUUUUCAUACCUAUGCUGAUGGCUUUGAGAGGCUAUUUCAGCUUUUCCGUGUAGGUGAGCUCACAGGGCUCAAACCGGAGUGUUGCUAACACUGGCCCUAGCAAGAGCAGUGCUUCGCAGAAUCUACCACCGGAUCGGAAACGCGACGUGAGAAGAUCCGGCGAGAAACUUAGUGGGCAGUGUCUAUGGGCUAAUUCACUCGUCGAGCCCUGACCGGUACUUGUGGUACCUAAAAGCACCGUUAAUGAAUCGGGAGGAUCCGUAAUGACGUGUAAAUCUGCUUAUUUGCACUCAAAGUACUGCAAAAGAUCAGCGCGCAGUGUAAUGAAACGCCCUGCCUUCGGUGUGCAUUGCGGCUUCUGCAGUACAUAAAAUAACUAAAACAACAUUAUGUAAUAAAAAUGAAUCUUAUUGCAUAUGAAUAUUAACUACCUUCGACUUAGGUAUAUUAGUGUAAUGCAGCCUUUCCCAAAGUGGGCGAUAACGCCCCUUGUGGGCGCUGCAGGCCUAAUGGGGGGCGGUAAUAAACCCAGAAAAAAAUGGGGGCGUUGUGUAGAGGCUUGGGAGGCGAUUUGUAAUUUCAUCUAGGACACUUAGACACCGACUGAGCUCUCGCUAUAGUGGUUUAUAAGUAGGUGAAGAAAUGGAGGCACUAAAAAAUAAUUUAUUCUCAAAGUGGGCAGUAGACAAAGUAAGUUUGGAAACCACUGGUGUAAUGUAUCGACGCUUCCACUACAAGAGCUAUCCUUUCACAUCUAGUUCACAUCUAUAUUCAGAUUUAGGAAAGUUAUUAAUAUAGUGCAAUUGAACCAUAGACUUUAUGGCCUAAAGUGAAAGACGGUAUUUACUUUGAGGAACCAAAAGAGGAAGGCAUACAUACAAAAAUAAUUGUUUAAAUCAUUAAAAGAUAAAUUUUGUUAGAAUGCGUAAUGAACUUUAUGUUUAAGAUAGUAUUUACUUAAGUAGAUAUUUAGGUGUAGACGUAUUUUAAUCAUAAAUACUUCCUUUAUUUUAAUAAAGUUUUUUUAUUAUUGACAUUGUAUCUUAGAUUAGUAUUGUAGAGGGUUUUUUUGUAAAAUGUAUUUACUCACCGUUUCGAUAAAGGUGUGUGCACAAAACGUUCCAAUAUCACUGAAUAGAACAGUCUGUGAUAUGUUGGUCGAUGAUAUCAGGAACAAAAAAAUAUUACUAAAUUGCGUGUGAAAAUAAUAUGUCCUUAAUUACAAAUAUUUUCGAUGUGCGGAAAUAAUGGAUCUGUUUUUAAAUUAGGUACUUAUAAGUGUGCCAAAAUGAUUGGUCUCAUUUUAAAAUUUUCAAUUCGUUUUUAAUAUUUGAAUUAAGCGUACGAUUUUUUUUUACCUAAAAUAAUAUAAGUAAUAUAAGUCUGUUUUUUUUUGUAUCAUGGCCGAGGGAAAACAUUCACGUUAAAGUAAACAAAAAAUAUCGGUGACGAUUAUAAUGAUCAAAUAUUGACAUACAUAUUUUGUUACAUAAACAUGUAAUUGGACAAACUCAUUUGAUGUAUUGUCGUGACUUCACUUAUAGAUCACACGACACAUUCGCAUGUUCUCAAUUUACGAAUAUCAGAGUUUGUUUUAGAUUUUUAAUGACUAUCUCAUCGUAAAAAGUUUUGGUCACAUUUUUAACAUCAUCUUACUUGAUUUACGGGAAUUAAAAUCGACUGGUGCAUAUAUAUAAUAAGUGAUUCCAUACAUCAACAUACGUUAUUAUAUAUUGUAUUAAUAAGUUACAAAUUAUAAUGAAUUGUAAGUUUAAUCAUGCGAUCGUAUGUACUUUAUUAUAAUUUUUACGUAUUUAUCAACGUUCCGACCAAUGUCCCUUUUGAAUUGUGAAAAACUAAAAUUAAGGCACGUAAAUUAAUCAAAAUUUAAGAGGUAUUUAUACCUCCGAAUCUCUUACUAAUACGUAUGUAUAUAUUCUGGAUAUUCUUAAUUAAAUUGGUGGUUAAACCUUUAUUAAUUCAAAUAUUAUUUUCAAAACUGACAUUGACGUUUUUAUAUCCAAAUCUAUACAUGCCAAGCGAGGCAUAAGCUUCGAGCAUCAAUUCACUUUUCAUCUUCAACCUGCACCAUGAUUAUAGUUGAUGUUUUCCACUAGAAGCAUCCCUCUUGUCUCGUAACGUAAAUUUUACUGGUGGUAGGAUCUUUUGUGAGUCCGCGUGGGUAGGUACCACCACCCUGCUUAUUUCUGCCAUGAAGCAGUAAAGCGUUUCGGUGUUGUAAUUAUACUUGAGAUCUUAGAACUUAUAUCUCAAGGUGGGUGGCGCAUUUACGUCGUAAGGGCUCCAGUAACCACUUAGCACCAGGUGGGCUGUGAGCUCGUCCACCCAUCUAAGCAAUAAAAAAAAGACAUUGAAACCCCUGGUUAAGUGUUUUGAACAAAUAACGUAAUGACGUGGUCAUCUCCAAACAAGCAUGAAAAGACCUACUUACGAUGACAACGACAAUUAAUUUCUACUAUUUUCCAAUAGUUUUCAAACACGUAUCGUUUGCCUUUGUAAAGAAUCAACUCAAUUGAUUCCAAUCAGUCGUUUAAUUGACUGAAUCUCUCUCAUCGGGUCGAAUGACUUCAAUGAAUAAAAUGAAGCGUUUAGCUCUCCCUCUCUCUGGAACUAGCAGUAUUUUGAAAUAAUACAAUGUGCAUUGUAAAUAUUUUCGGAAUACAGGUUGGAUUGCUAAAAGAAGACACUUAUACAAAGUAUAAAACAGUUUAAAAUUUUAAUACAAAAAUAGCGGGGUUUGGUGUCGGCGGUCUUUUGCGACCCAAGCUCUACCGUUAACUCACUUUGUUCGAAGAAGUCCGUGAUGCUUAGGUUAAACUUAAGGUGUGAAUUAAUCCAAAAGUGAGACGGUACGUUGGAGGGUUGAACUCAACUGAUAUUCUUGUAAAUCCAACAGGAUACAACAUCAGAAACGUAUUUUACAUUUAAGAUGCUUCACGUUGAGAUCAUAACAACACAUAACAUACAAUGUUUUCCAAAAUAGUGUUAAGAAAAUUCAUCCUCAAUAUUUAGUGGUCGUGGUAAAAGUCGAUGGUACGUGGUGAUAGCUACUGCAACUCUUGCGAUAUGUCUCCAACCACUCCUGUCGGUAGCGCUGCUUUUGUAAAGUUAUUUAAAUUACUUUGGCAGGAUUUUGUGUUUUACACUUUCUUCCUAAAUCGUAUUGAGUUGAAUCUUUAUUCCAAAAAGGAAUAAGGGUCGUAUGAGGUGAUGUGGGAGUAAAAAAUAGGUUUAACAGGAAAAGCGAGAUUUUGGAUCGAAUUCAUUAAUGUACCGAACAUAUUUUAAUAGCUUCCACUGCGAUCUAAUACAUAGUGUCUUAUAAUGACAAUUGAUUCGUCUAAAUUUGUUUUGCUACACAACGUUUUCAAUACGGAGUUAUUUUCUUUUUGUAUAUAUUUCCCUCUUCUGUAUUUCUGAUACUUCUGAUACGAUGACUCUGAACUAAUGUUCAGCGAACUAAAAAAGUUAUCAAAUCAUUUUUUAAUAAAUUAAUUCAUAUAAAUUUUGAACAUUUAAUAAUUCUUCUGACGAUUCUGAACUUUGAUGACUGAACAUUAGUUCGUAGAACAUUAGUAGACCAUUAGUUCAGAGUCAUCAGAGUUCAGAGUCGCCAGAAGAAUUAUGAAAUGUUCAAAAUUUAUAUGAAUUAAUUUACUAAAAAAAUGAUUUCAUAACUUUUUUAGUUCGUUCUAAAACUUAGGACCAAAUCAAACUUAGUAGAACAAAUUGCUUUUUUUUUCUUGCGAGGUGCGUGCUUUAUCUUCAUUAUAAAUUCAUCCACCGUGGCAAUUGGCAUUCAAACCCGAGUGUAUGCUAACAAAACAAAAUGUUUUGAACGAAAUUGUAUUUUAUAAUGUAAAAAUAGCUAAUAUAAAUAUUUUAAUAGAACUUUCCUGUGCAUAAAUUCCGGUAAUAAUUAUUAUCGUUCGCACAUUAAAUGUCUUAUUCGCGACGUUUUAAAACACGGACAUAUCCCAAAUAGAACUAAAAACCUGUUUAGAACAAGAAGUUAAAUUUUGUAAAUGUAUAUUUUGUGCCCUUACGUCACUUUUUGAUAUAGCAUAUUAGACCUAUUUUGUAGAAGGUAAUUUUUGAAAGAAAAAAAAACAAAGUUUCGGAUGCUAUUAUUACAUUUUAAUAUUUAACUUUACAACUCAACACUGUCAAUCUGGGUCGCACAUUAUAUGACGCGUUUGUCGGAAAAAGUAGGCACUUAGCGUGCGUCGAAGGCAUUAACGAAAUUAUUUUUAUUACAGCCCGCUGCCUGCUAAUGAUUUAAAUAAUUGUUCUAAUAAAACGCAGUAGAUAUGCUUCGAACAAAUUUCUCUGACACGUCUUAAGAAGUACAACCGGACUUAAACUUUAGCGACAAUUAGUUCAGUGUGCUUAGUGCGAGUUAACGUUCUCGACAGCGUAAAAGUUAGCUCAUAUUUGUAUGGAAUGGAAUCGUUCGCCUACGUAUGCCGCUAGGGGCGCUUUUUUUUUGGGGGCUUUAUUUCAAUGUCGACAAACGAAAUCGGAAUUGCCUUAAAUAUUUAGAAAGUUUUACACACAAUGUUACAUCAGCCGAGGGCGGUGGCGGCGGUUGAGGCCAUACUUCACAGAUAGAUUACUCUAAAAUGUAAUUGAAGGGAUUAAACAAGAACUGUGUGCUUAGUGCGAGUUAACGUUCUCGAUAACGUAAAAGUUAGCUCAUAUUUAUAUGGAAUGGGAUCGUUUGCGUACGUUUGCCGCUAGGGGCGCUGUUCCAGCUGCAUACAAAAUUGGGUUAACUUUUACGCUAUCGAGCACGUUAAAAAACUCGCACUAAGCACACUGAAGCACGUUUUCCAUUAAGACUUGUAAUUUUAUUUGUGUGUUCUUUGAAGGGAAAUUAUGCAGUUAUUAAUAUUGACCUCGUGUGUCUAAGUCCAAACCCAUCCCGGGUUAGUAUCACUGACCGAGAGACAAAUAAAUGAAUCAGUUAAUUCCCAAAACAGGAUAGAUAACCAUAUAUAAAAAUUAGUCCUGUGUCGUGAUUGUAAUGUUUAGAAAUACGUUGUGGCUAUUCAUCGCAAGAUACAGACAGAUAUUACAGAGAUCAUCGGCAGAUUGCGAUAAAUAACAAGAAAAAAAUAGGUAUAGAUACAAAUCAGACCUUACAUGCACUGAUAUUUAUUGUAAAAAAAAAAAAAGACAGUUUUUCUCCAAAAGUAGUUUCACUUAAGCUACGUGUAUUUUACGAAUUGUGCGCACUCAGUAGAAAUUGAAAAUAUUGACUCAUAAUGUCUGGACCGAUUGUCGCUAAUUUAUUUAAUGCAAAUAAACUUAAAUGUAUUAUCGUCUCAGCUGUUUAAAUCGUUUAUUAUUACAAGUUUAUAAAUAUAAACGGGCUAUUCAACUAUAUUACGUUAUUACUAUAUUUUAUAUUUAAAUGUUUCCAUGCUCAAAAGCGUCCCUAGCCCAUGUGUUAUAAUUAUAAUUUGCGUUAUUAUUGGUGGUGGGACGUCUUGUGAGUCCGCACGGGUAGGGUACCACCGCCCUGCCUAUUUCUGCCGUGAAGCAGUAAUGCGUUUCGGUUUGAAGGGCGGGGCAGUCGUUGUACUGUAAAAACUGAGACCUUAGAAUUCAUAUCUCGAGAAGGGUGGCGGCAUUUGGGCUGUAAAUGUCUAUGGGCUCCGGUAACCACUCACAACAGGUUUUUUUAUUAGGUGGAUGGACGAGCUCACAGCCCACCUGGUUACUGGAACCCAUAGACAUCUACGACGUAAAACGCGCAACCCACCUUGAGAUACAAGUUCUAAGGUCUCAGUAUGGUUACAACGGCUGCCCCGCCCUUCAAACCGAAACGCAUUACUGCUUCACGGUAGAAAUAGGCAGGGUGGUGGUACCUACCCGUGCGGACUCACAAGAGGUCCUACCACCGGUAAAAGUGGGUCGUGAGUUCUUCCACCUAUCUAAGCAAUAAAAAAAUGUAGCAGGCGUGUGUAAUCAUUGCCCUAGCGCCCGCUAGUAAGCGCGUGUUCAAAAUGAAAUAGGUACAAAUGUAACGGGUUCAUUGAAAUUGCCGAGACCUUCUACAACCAUCUACAAAAUCCUUAACUUUUUUUGGUACACAACUGUGUUAUUUUAAAUCGAACUUGAUCGCCAUGUUGGUAUAGUUUUUGGUGGACCAAAGUUAGAUAGGAUUCCGGCUUGAUUCUCUUUCGGAGUCAAAUAUAUUUGGAAUUUGCUUUAUAAGUGUUCCACAACGCAGGAGAUAAACCUAACAUGCGGCUUUUUUUUUUCCUACCUAAACUGAUAGCCUUGAGAGGCUAUAUCAGCGUCGCCUUAACUAGUAGGUGAGCUCACGGGGCUCAAGCUUGAUGACGUUGCUAACACGAACCCUAGCAAGAGCCGUGCUUCGCAGAUUCUACCACCGGACCGGAAACGCGACCCGUGCAAUAUGAAAGUUAUAUAACUUAGCCUGUUCAUAUUUAAGAAAGAUUUUCGUGAAAAACGAAUAAAUAGUAUGUGAAAAAUUAGCUUUUACCAUUUUAUAUGUGUGUCUUCAAUGUCAAAUGAUAUGUAUUAGAACAUCUUUACCUAUUAUUAUAUCAAAUGUUAUUACUAUUUAUACAUUCGUGUACAUUAAAGGAACUUUAAAAAUA